GUAAAUCCUGCCUCGUCGCCGCUUCAUCUCCAGUACAUAUAUACAAACACUCAUGUGUAUGAGUAUAUAAGUGAGAAAAAAGCAUCGAGACCCUGACAUAUACACAUACAAUCCUUCCCCAAACCUAUGGGCGCCAUUCGCUCGUUCCGGACCCCAACCCCGACAGUCUCCUCCCUGCAUCGGUGUCACCAAACGCCUAUCGUUCUCCCCUACCCUCCCCUGGCUAGCCUAUAGAAUGGCCGACCCUACCAAUCCUCCUCCUCCAGCUGUAAGCACACAGAUACAGUCGAGCAAUCCACAGGUCCGAUUAGAGCCUCCAACACCUAUUCAAGAUGGCCAACAAGCCCCACGUCUCACAUCCGAUAAGGAAUACUACACCACUACCACCAACUCGCCCACGUCGACAGUUGCGCGAUCCGACUCAGAUCAUGAAGAUCGACCUUUGACACUUAUUCCAACCCGCAACUCGAGGUUAGAGGCCACCAGAACCGUCACGCGCCUCAGCACCGCAGGCACCACUUUUACCGCCGACCCCAACUUCGAAGUCGACUUUGAAGGAGACGACUCAGAAAACCCUCGCAAUUGGCCACUGUACUACAAAUCAUGGGUACUGUUCUGCGUGUCCAUCAGUACUCUACUCGUUGUCGCCAACAGCACUGCCUACACGGCCGCCAUGGGCGACAUGAUGAUUGAAUUCGGUGUCAGCGACAAGGCCAUUGCCACCCUAGGAGUUACCACCUAUCUGUUUGGUUUGGCCAUUGGGUCCUUACUCCUUGCUCCCAUCGCCGAGACAUACGGCCGAAGACCUGUAUAUGGCAUCUGCAUGUUUUUGUUCGUGAUUUUUGUGAUCCCAGGUUCACUCUUGUCGAAUUUUGGAGGAAUCAUUACGGUGCGAUUCGUUGCCGCGCUUUUCGGUAGCGCGAUGAUCGCCAACGCUCCGGGUACCAUCGCCGACAUGGUCGCAGACGAAUAUCGCGCUGUGGCAUUCUCAGUUUGGAGUAUCGGUCCCAUGAACGGCCCUGUCAUCGGCCCCGUCUUCUCCGGCUACAGCACUGAGGCGUUGUCGUGGCGCUGGACCAACUGGAUCAUCGUCAUCUGGGGUGGGGUAUCCUGGGUCCUGAUGGCCACGCUCAAAGAGUCGUACAGUCCUGUGCUCUUGCAGAAGAGAGCCGCCAAGAUGCGCAAAGAAAACGACGACCCUCGCUAUUGGAGCCGUUUCGACGUCAAGGUCGGCUUCCUCGAGCUGAUGAAAAUCAACCUGAGUCGGCCUUUCAUUAUGGCCGUAACAGAACCCAUCUGUAUCUUCUGGAACGGCUACAUCUCCCUCAUUUACGGCAUUCUGUAUCUAUGCUUCGUCGCCUACCCGAUUGUGUUCCGUGAGGAGCGUGGCUGGUCACUCGGUCAAACAGGCCUAUCAUUCAUUGGCAUCGGCAUCGGCAGCAUGAUUGGAAUUUCAAUGGUAAAACCCAUCACCAAGAUGAUCAACAGCCAUCGACGCGACGAGCAUGGCAUGGUCCCGCCAGAAGCCAUGAUGAGCAUCGUGUGCAUCGGGUCGAUCCUGUGUCCACUGGGCCAGUUGUGGUUUGCUUGGACCUGCUAUCCGACCAGUAUCCAUUGGGCACUGCCCAUUGCUGCGGGAAUUCCGUUUGGAGCUGGUAACUGCUUUGUCUUCAUCUACGCGGGCAACUAUCUGGCGUACAGCUACGGCAUCUACGCGUCUAGUGCUAUGGCCGGCAACGCCGUUCUGCGGUCCUUACUGGGCGGCACCUUACCCCUCGCAGGACCCCCGAUGUACCGGGCCAUGGGCCCCAACUGGGCCGGCACGUUGCUCGGUCUGCUUGAGGUCGCCAUCAUCCCCAUUCCCUUCCUCUUCUACAAGUACGGCCACCGAAUCCGCCAGAAAUCUAGCAUGAUCCGCGGCCUGCGUGAGAACGAGAUGCGGCAAGAGCGGAAGCGCAGGGCUGCAGAGGAGAGACUGAACAUCGCUGUCCUCAGUGGCGACGAUAUGGAGAAGCAGGAUGCUCAGCUCAAUCUCUGCCGCAUCAGAAGUCGUGUCGACGAGGCCAGAGAUAUUGAGGAACAUGGCCAGGAAAUUUUGAAUCGAAACCAGGGUUACGGAAGCGAAAAGGUGUAAUGACCGCGGAUCGAUCGGCCGACUGCGCGAUGAACACAAUGAAAUGACGAUGUAUGAGAAGACACUAGGUCGAGGCUCAUGACCAAGGUGGUUGACGCAGGGACUGGUCGAUCACUAUGAUUUGAACAUAUCACAUUGCAAGCGUGGAGUUUAGGAAAGGAACAUGCAUGGUCUGGAAAUGGAACUUGAUAGACGGGUGCGAGCGAGCAAGAAGACGCAUUGUGAUUUAUGUAGUGGGCAACCAAUUUAAAAGAUACCCAGGUAUCCAAUACUAUAAUAUGUGUGCUAGAAA